AUGGUUAGUUUAAGCGGCGAACACGCACAAGGGGUAAGUGUCUCCAAGCAGGCUAAUGUGAUGUUCAGCACUCAGCUGGACUAGUUCGCACCUAAGCUUUCUACUUGCCGUAAACCGAAAGUUAAAGACUCUAAUUUCGUAUACCUCGUUCUCGACAGUAUAGGCAGGAACUGAAAACAAUAUUUAGGAUUGAAUUCUCUUUACUUAAGCUAAAUUUAAAGCUACACGUAGCUCUUUGUCACCUAGCAAGACUAGCGACACCUCGAGAGUAUAAAUAAGCCUAACACCGUAAUUAAUAUGUUCUCGUUCUUAUUUCAUUAUUUUGUUCGGAUAUUCUCUUUUAAACCCUAAAAUUUAAUUCAGUAGCUACAAGUAAAAGUUUUAAUAGAACAAGUAUUUCCUACCAUUGGUCAAUGAGUUGAAGUCUGAUAAAAGAAAAGGAGCAUCACUUUUUUGGUCAUCAUGAUAAUUAAUAUUUAUUGUGUUUUUCGUUGAGUAUGAUGUCUUUUCAGUCAGCAACAUAGGCUGCAUAGGUAACAGGAAACAAAAAAUGCAAGUUCUCCCUACAAAUUGAACUUGUGACCGUCAGCCAGCCUUCUGGUUGCUCAUCCCCUUACUCAGACGCGGAUCCACAUGGGUUUCCAUCGUUUUACGAAAAUCAGUCAGAUUUUUAAAAUUAAAUACGAUAAAAAGGCUUUCCAAGAUGAAAUCUGGUAAAUGGUGUAGUAGUAUAGGGAGUGAAUAAAUUUGGAGAGUGCAAGUGGAGUGAACUCUCCAAAUUUUUUGGUUUGGACAAUAAUAAUCCACCAAUGGCAAGGCUUCAUCCUUGAAGAAUGGAACUGGCCAAUGUCUUGUCUGAAUGACUCAGAAACCCAGGAAAGGGAACUUUAGGGAGUUAAAAUUCAAACAAUUUCCCAGGGGAGCAUGCCCCUUGACCCCCUACAAGCUUGCACCUUCGCUUGGGAAAUCAAUCAGUAUUUAUCCUAGAUCCACGCCUGAUACUGUAACUUUGAGUUGCAUAAUACUUAUAGUAGCCAAGGCCAUUAAACUAAAAGCAUUGUUGUUAUUUUAAUCUGAAAAUUGAAUUUAAUGUUUACAUGCAGUGUGGUUAGUAAAAUACUAAGCACCAGGUUAUAUUUGUACACUGUAGGGUUAUUUUUUCAACCAAGAGGAGAGUGCACCUGGUUUGCAUUCCCCAGCUCAAGAGGAAGCCUUGGCUAGUGAGACAGCAUCUUUAGGACUUAAUCCUGAGACCAGAUUUCACCCCAUUCGUACAUCAUGGAUUGCUCUAUUGCAGCUGAUUCUCUUUGUAAGUAUAUUAUUAUUUUCAUGUUGUGAAAAUAUUCUUUUGAUAGGUAUAAAGAGUUAUUUAAAUUAUACCUCCGGCAAUGAAUUGGGAAAGAUUAAUUUUUUAAAAAAGCUUUUAGUACAUUUACGUACUAUUUUUGUGUCAUCUUUGUCUUUUCAGAUUGGUUAUGAAACCCUGCAGUUUAUACUUCCCAAUAAGACACUUAUGGAUGGCAAAUCACUUUCUAUUGGUAGUGGGGAGACAGAUCCUCCAUUCAGCUUCCUGGUUCUGCUGCAUGUGGGCCUCUGGGUUGUUAUAUUUAUCUCAGACAGAACGUUACAGUACUUGCAUCACCAGUCACAAGCCAGAGGUUAUCUGGAAUUCUUUAGAGAAACUAAAGAGUUAAGAAGAUUUCCACAUUAUGUACUUUCCACAGGUAUGACUUUGACUCAGAAACUUUCCUUUCUUCAUGUUUACUUGCUUAUUAUUAAUUUGAAAUCCUUAACUAUUGUGGUAACAGAAUGGUUGGAGUUCUCUGCCGGGUUUGGACCAGUAACGUAGCAAAUUUGUAGACUGGAAGAUCUACUUGCAUAAGUGUAACUAAGUUGCACAUCAUUGUGAUUAAGAAAUGUACAUCAAAAGAUAACCACAAACGGAACAUUAAUUUUGUUUUUUGCACAGUUCAAAAGCCACUUUCACUUCAUACAUUGUUGUCUGUACUGAUCUGUUCAAUUAAAUUCAUUGCUUAUAAGAGAAGAAAAGGUAUCUUAUCCAAAUGGUGAACAUCAUUUCACUGCUCCAGAAAAUGUACAGUACAUCUCUUUAUCUGAAUGGGAUUUUUGGAGCCCUGUUCAGUUAGUGGAGGUUUGGCAGCCAAGCAGUCAACACCUUUAACAUCAGACCUUUUAGGUCCAGGUUCAAGCCUAAUAUUGGCGAGGCAUUAUUUUCUGUGACAUGAAACUAUUCUCCACUUUGUCUCUCUUAACCCAAUUGUCUAAGGGCCUGUUUUCAUGAAGGUGGGGGACCCCAGAUACAGCUGUAGGCGAGGUAACAGGUGGGGUGACCUGUUAUGUAAACAUGAUCAAAUUAAAAUGAGAAAUUAUAUUUACAGGCAGGUUACCCCACCUAAGCGGGUUACCUUGCCUACCCGGGGUCCCCCACCUCCAUGUUAACAGGCCCUAAAUGGGCUCUAAACAAGUAGUAGGGGCAUAGUCAUUGCUGGUGGUAACCUUGUAAUGAAAUAGCAUCUCAUCCAGGGGUUGAGGGAAUAGAGAGGAGAAGUGGUUAUGUCAUGUUGCCAUGGUAGCAAAAAUUUUGGAUGACAACAAACCGAAAAUUCACUAAAGAAGUAAAUUCGCACUGUUUCAAACUUCAUUGAUCUUAUUCAAUUUCAUUUAAUUUGUCAAAUGUUGGCUAAAUUUUCUGGAUUUAAUCUGAAAGGACCGUAUCUGAGUUUACAAAAAAAAUAAACUUUUUGAGGGUUGUCCAAUACUCCAACAAAUUUAUGCAUGGUAUUGUAUUGUAUGGUCUGCACAUUACAAUACUGUACAAAAACAUAACAAUAAAGAACGAAGCAAAACAGUGAGAAAUUUAACGAAGCCAUGCAUAAUUUUGUCAGAGUAUUGGACAACUAUGAACUUUUUGUGUUGUGUUCACCUACUCCAUUAAGCGGGCCCCUGAAAUUAGGAAGGUUCACGUCGCAGUCGUUCAAGGGCGGCUAAGAAAUGUACAAAAAAGGGGUGAUGCACAUGCAAAGUUUUUGUUUUGCUAAUCUUAACCUAUCGGGUUUUUUAGCUGUUCUCGUUACUUUUGCUGUCAUCGUUGCUUAAUCAUGGCCCUAUUGUUGUCAUCCAGUAAUUUGGCUACCAUGGUAACUUGACAUCACACUUCUCCUCUCUAUGCUCCUUGGUGGUUCAUACUAAAGAAACUUGGUACCAUUAGACCCUAGACCCUGAGCCUUGUCCUUGCUCUCUCCCCUCCUCCUCUUCCUCUUAACCCUGUAAGUCCCAAGACCGACCAACAUCAAUUUUCUCCUAACAACACUAAUACUUUAUCAAGAGAAAAAGCUAUAAGAGUUAAUGAAACUAAUGAUCACCAAGGAAAAUUGCUUUAAACUUUUAUCAAAUUCAUUCAACUGAUUCUUUAAGGAUUCAAAUGCACAUGUGUGGAAAUCAGUCUGGAAGUUUGUACUGUCUGUGGUAUUGGGGCUUAAUAGGUUGACCAGAAAUUCUUACCCUUACUGUAACAUGUACAUUGUGUAAGACACCUGCUUCUUAUCUCCUCUUGAGUCACUUGUUUUUAUUGGUUUUUCAUACAGGAAAUGCAGUCCUAUUGGUUAUAUUUGCAGUUAUUGGUCAUGAUAACAACAAGUCUAACAGAGGGAACUUGGCUUUGUACAAUAUUCUGCAGAUUAUCUUCUCAAUUGAGUUUGUGCUUUGUGUACCAGGGAUAUUAUGGUACUUAGGUAUGUGAUGGUAAAAUGGAACAGUCAUCACCAUAAUUAUUAUUAUCGGCAUGUCUUGUGCAAUAAUUUAUUCUCCAAUAAUUUCUUUGCUUGACUUUCACUUGUCUUUUAUCAUGUUUUUAAUUGUUGACACAUGCCUUUGUUAUUUUUUGACUGUGGCAAGAUUAGCUCAGUCGAAAGAGCGCUUAACAGCAGAGAAGGAUGAUCUUGGGUACGAUUUCCAGGGUCGUGCUAUUACUCAGGGACUUGAAAUACAGCUGUAACUGAGAAAUGAAGGUACUUCCUCUGCCCUGCAAACGGGUAGACCUUCACGUGGCUCGGAUGACCACGAAAAAUGGCGGUCCCGUCUCCAGUAUAAGGAGACGUUAAAGUAUCGCCUCAGUUAGAACUUUCGUGCUAAAUACAUGUGCAUUGAUACUCAAAUAAAGCGCGUUUUUUUCCCAACAGUCAAAGUUUUAAGGUUUAACAGAAAAAAGCCUUUGCCAGAUGCAGAAGACAUAGACUAUGUAAACUCCUAUAUCAACCAUGGCGUAUCAGGCUCUGUUUCUGUAACAGGUUACAGGUCAGUAAUUAAAGUUGAAAAUGACAUACAAAAAACUACUCAUGUUAUUCUUUUCAUUGUUUUCGAUGCGAGACUUGGACAAGAGAUUUGUUUGUUUCAAUGCCCAACCAAGCACCUGAGCAUUGAAGUAUGGAAAAACGGGUGACAAAAAACGUGCAACUUGUUUUGCAAAAACUUGUUGCAAAACGAGUUAACGAGCGAUGUUGCGCGUUUUACCACCCAAGUUUAAACCUGUUAACAACCUGAUUUGUUGCAAGACAGGUUUUAUGUGGAUGGUAAAACGCGCAACAUCGCUAUUCAACUCGUUUUGCAGUAAUGUUGCAAAACAAGUUGCACGUUUUUUGUUGCCCGUUUUUCCCGUACCUUUACAACAUUUACAUGCAGAAGAAGAGUGCAAGGGUGUACAUAUUGUGAUUUAAAUGAUGACUGUUGUUUUACGAAAAUAACAUUUCAACCAAGGAUUAAAUUAAACCACAACAUGCGUGUGAUUGAUUGAAAAUUUAUCACUUAGGGACAAUGAUUACUUGGACGAAGUUCUGGAAAAACAAGCAGACAUGAUCCGUUACUUGCAGCAACACAAUGCCAACUUAGGCAAAAGACUGAUGAAACUCACUGCACAGCAGAGGAGAAGCAGUCUUCAGUCUUAACAUUGAACAAGUGGUGAUCUAGUUUGAUGUGGACGAGAGUAUAAGGUUGCAGUGCGUAGCGUGUAUGUUUCUAUUUGAGGAAGACAUUUUUGCGCGGACAUAAUAAUUGUAAUGACAACAGUUUUUGCAUCGGUUCUCCCACGCACUUGAGUCGUGAUAAUGUAUUUAGUAUAAUUUUAUGGAUUGCGCCAAGAGAGCAGGCAAGAUGAAGCGAAUCUUGUGUUCAGCUGCUGACGAGGCUGGUUGACUGUUGUGCGAUUAGCACAAGAAACAUUACUAAACGUUACGGUGCAUUCUCGUUCACGGUGUCCAUCGGCUUUUUGACCGCCUGGCAUAAAGGAAGUACUAGCUACGGGCUCUAUGGACGAAAAUGCCGGUGAAAAAGUUUAAGAACGUUACAUGUAAGCCUGUACAGUGUUGUUCGGUUCUCAGCUUACUUGCGCUUUUCUUAUACUGGUUCCCACUACUGCAUAAGUGAGUUUCAAGAAAAAUGAAAAAAAAUUGUUUCCUGUGCUUGUCAGGUUACUAUGUCAAUGCUUUUCGCACAAGUACAAACAAGUUAUAAACAAGUGUACGUGUUGAAAUGGGCUGGCAAUUGCUUUACGUUGCCUAAUUCAACAUGAUAUAUUAGUGACCUGCGACUGUAUACUGCAUGGCGAUGCUGUAUUUUCCCAAGUUAUUUGCGCCCCGCCUUUAUGGGCUGUUGUGUCGCUCAUCAAGUAAAGGCUAAGAGUAUAAUAAUAUAUUUUGUUAACAUAAAAAACGUUUUUCAUCCUGUGCAAAAAAAAAUCUGACAAGAUUUUUGCGCUGGCACAGUGAUUUAGUGCGCCAAAUGACCGUUGUAAGACUUUAUUUUCUGGUGGGUCCACUCUUGUAACAUUCCGGCCUUUCUUAAAUUGAUGUAACAAGGGUUAAAACUUCACAGAAACAUAAAAAUAGGCUUCAUCGAGCAACCAGGACGAAAAAUGCUUACAUUUUGUACGAAAUUUAGGAGUGAAAGCAUGAAGUUACUGUGACUUCUUAGAAGAAGAUGUUCGAAAGCGUACGAUUCUAUGUUGCUGUCUUUUCCGUUUGUCAGUCAAUGAUCUCCAGUAGAACAAUAUUAGCAAGAAAAAAGUGUGCACGGAUUUAAAUUUAGUUUUCACUCAUAGUUGAGAUCUUGAAUUCUUUCUCUUCCUUCUUCUACGGACGUGAUGCUAUUCAAUUGCUGCAAGACAAAAGUAACAAUGUUAAGAGUAAGUAUUAAAUUAAACCUGAUAGUUAUAAACUCUUCU